AUGGCGACUCAGGAAAAUCACGAUCUCGUCGUCAACAACUCGAAUGACAUCAUCUCCUCUGACGUUUCGCCCUCUGUUAUUCCUCCGCCGCACUCGCUCACGUCGGAGACCACCACUAAUGAUCUCGUCGCGACUGAUUCUGCUCUCAUCGAUGAUCACGUAGCUGAAGACGACGAUAGAGUUGUUCCUCGCGUUCUUGACAGAGGUUCAGGUACGUAUCGCCGGAGUAUGGUGUGGCUUAAUGUAGGUCCGUGUUAUUCAAUGGGAGACUAUAACAAUCACGAUGGUGAUACUGAUGAAGAAGAAGAUGCUUAUAACGAUCUUGAUGAUGAGUUAGUACCAAGAAACGUGAGCAAGAAGCUAAAGAGAGAUAGGCUUAGGAAACUUGGGAAGAGAUCUUCGCAUUUGCAGGUGAAGCGUGGGUGUGUUCAAGGCAAGCAUGGGUUUGGUAGCAAAUUCAUGAGCUGA